CAUAACGCCGGAAAAAAAGCGAUAAUAAGGUUCACUGGGGGUCUCCGAUUGACCUUUCGUUUGAGUAUAAAUACCGAGUUCGGGCGAUAAUUAUGCAGUCUUUAAAUAAGUGCCUCCCUAAUGACUUGUGACGCGAAGUGACCGAAAAAUACUUUUUUUGAGUGCUUUUCCGAAAUAUUCAUUCACACACGGAAGCGCUAAUGCAGUUAUCAAGUCUUCGCUAUAAAAUGACCAUUGCUGAUAAAUUCCGCGUCAACCCUAUCUAUUAUUCCGACUAUUCCGAUACGACCCGUGGUUUGUAAAAGGGGGCACUUCCUAUUUUUUGUACUUACUUAAUUGAACCAAUCGAAGACUAAUUCUUAUCAGUAUAAUACCCAAAAAUGGAUAUCGUUGCUAGUUAUCCGUUGGUAAAAGCGUUCCUUGCCGGUUCUUUCUCCGGCACCUUUUCCACAAUUCUGUUCCAACCCUUGGACUUGGUCAAAACCCGUUUGCAAAACCCCACCCCUGUCUUACAGGGGCAACAUGGGGGCGCGCGCAUGGUCACCAUCUUCGUCAACAUCCUCCAGCAGGAGCACCUCCGGGGGCUGUGGCGCGGCAUGACUCCGUCGAUCACUCGCUGCGUCCCGGGCGUUGGUCUCUACUUCUGUUCCUUGGAUUACCUGAAAACACAGUUUUUCACCGAUAAGACACCCUCACCCCUCGAAUCCGUGGCUUUGGGGAUGGUGUCCAGGUGCAUGAGUGGCGUGGCCUUGAUUCCCAUCACCGUGGUUAAAACCCGCGUGGAGAGCGGUGUCUACGGUUACAACAGCGUGACCUCCGCACUCCGGGAGAUCUACAAGACGGAAGGUCUCCGGGGGAUGACGUGCGGUCUCAUCCCCACACUUUUCCGGGAUGCGCCCUUUUCAGGGCUCUAUCUCAUGUUCUACACCCAGACGAAGCUUCUAGUCCCGAGGGAAAUCCUGGAUUCGUCCAUGGCCUCCCCUGCGCAUUUCACCUGUGGGGUUACUGCAGGAGUUCUGGCCUCGGUGGUGACCCAACCGGCUGAUGUUCUGAAGACUAAAAUGCAGCUCUACCCGAAUAAGUUCAACGGGUUGUGGUCGGUGGUUGUCUACGUCCAUGGGAAGUACGGGGUUAGGGGCUACUUCAAGGGGAUGGUCCCCAGGAUGUUGAGGAGGACUUUGAUGGCGGCGAUGGCCUGGACGGUGUAUGAGCGGCUGUCUAAGUCAAUUGGGUUGAAGUGAAACCCUAACUUGGGUUUUCAAAGCUACUUGUAACCUUUUGUAUCAUAACUGGGUACGAUGUUGUAUUUUUGGAGCUAAAAUCUACAGUAUUCUAUUUAUAUUAUUAUUGGAAUUUGUAUGUAUUUAUAUUUUUGUUAAAUAAACUCUUACUCGAA